GUGAGAUCUUUUUAAUUUGAAGCUAAUUCAAUGAAUUAAGCUUUAUCUUACGAAAUUCAUAGUGUCCAUGCGUUGAAUUCGUUGAACUAGAAAGAUAUUUAAUGAAAAAUGGAGGCCUCUAGUGGGCCUAGUCCUAGACUCAAUUCAAUUUCAUUCAAUAAAGAGAAACAUGGAGACCCAGAUAUUUACAAUUUCGAAUUGGAGUCUUCGGAUCUUAAUGUUCAAUCUGACCACCAUUUUCAUCCGAUGAAUGCUUUGGAAAUUCUGAGAGAAACAGUGAGGAUUCUUCGUUAUAAUUCAGCGGGUUUGAUGGCAAUAGCGGCAUUGCUAAUUUGCCCAGUUUCAGCUGUUCUAUUGUCCAAUAUAUUGGUGGAUCAAUCCACUGUGAAGAGACUGACUAUAAGGCUUUUGUUAGUGGCAAAGUCCAGUGGCCUUCCUCUUAAGCCUUUUAUCAAACAGUCAUGUCAAAAGUUUUCUGAAAUGGCCAUUUCAGCUACAAUGUGCUUUCCUUUGUACAUCACAUUGUCAUUGUUGUCAAAAGCAGCUGUUGUUUAUUCAGUUGAUUGCACGUACUCGAGAAAGAAAUUUGAUUCGUCAAAGUUCUAUUUGAUUAUUAGCAAGAUUUGGAGGCGUAUAGUUGUGACGUAUUUGUGGUUGUGUAUGGUGAUUGCUGGUUGCCUCACAUUGUUUCUUGUUCUUCUUGUUGCUGUGAGCAGCUUGUUUUCUAUAAUUGGUUUUCCAUCAGAUUUGAUUGUGUACCCUGCAAUGAUAGUGGGGUUAGUCUUCUCUAUCAUUUUAGCGAAUGCUAUUAUUAUUUGCAACAUUGCUAUUGUGAUCUCUGUAUUGGAGGAUGUUUCAGGGCCUCAGGCAUUGUUGAGGUCUAGUCUGCUUAUUAAGGGUCAGACUCAAGUGGGUCUUUUGAUAUUUCUUGGGUCAACAAUUGGGAUGGCAUUUGUGGAGGGUUUAUUUGAGCAUAGAGUGAAGACAUUAAGUUAUGGGGAUGGGUCUUCGAGGUUAUGGGAAGGGCCCCUUUUGGUGGUAAUGUAUUCAUUUGUGGUGCUUAUUGAUUCCAUGAUGAGCGCAGUUUUCUACUUCAGUUGUAAGAAUUAUAGUAUGGAAGCCUCAAAGGAAGAAUCUCAACCAGUUUUAGAAGCUAUGACAAUGCCCCCUGGAACGCCAGACAUUCAGUGA